AUGAAAGGGAUCAGACGCUUUGGGAAGAAAGGCAAGCUAAGUCCUAGAUUCAUAAGACCUUUUGAAAUACUUGAAAGGGUUGGACAGAUGGCUUACCGGUUAGCCUUACCUCCAUCAUUGUCAGUUGUGCACAAUGUAUUCCAUGUUUCCAUGUUGAAAAAGUACGUGUCUGAUCCAAUGCAUGUCCUAAGUUAUGAAGCAUUGGAAUUGCAACUAGACCUGUCUUAUGACGAACGACCUGUGCAAAUUUUGGAUAGAAAAGAAAAGGUUCUUCGAAGUAAAACCAUAGCAUUGGUUAAGGUAUUCUGA